CCGCCGCUCCCCUCCCGUCGAAUUGAUGAUGGCGUCUCGGCGGGGCAGCAGCGGCAGCAGCUGCUGCGCGCUCUGCGAGGGAUCCAACCUCCACUCCUGCUGCGCCGCCUGCGUCAACACCAGGCUCUCCGAGUACCACACGAGGCUGCGCAUGAUGAGGAACCUCCGCGACUCCCUCCAGACCCGCAUCGCCGCGCGCCUCGAGGCCAAGAGGAAAGCGGAGGAGCAAAGGAGCUGGAAGAUGAGCAAAGCUCACGACAUCAAGGAACUGAGGGACCGGCUCAGCGAACUGACGCGCCGAACUGCGAUAGAGAAGAGGAAGGUUCAGCAGGCAUCGAGCGGUAACAAGACGAAGAUGGAUUCGUUGAGCUUGGGUAUCAUCACGCUGAAAACGAAUCAGGCCGAUUCAUUGACGAUGCACACCAACGCCAUGAAAGCAGCGCAGAUGGGUCUUAUGGCAACUACAUCCGAACGUCUCAAAAGGCAGUCCAAAGCUAUAAAGCAGCUUUGCAGAUUGUUCCCGAUGCGGCGAGCUAUUAUAGAAGGGGAAAAGAAGGAUGGCCAUAGUGAUCCAUAUGAUGCUAUAUGUGGUAUUCGUCUACCUCGUGGUCUCGAUCCACAUUCAGUACCAUCAGAAGAGCUAUCAGCUUCUUUGGGGUACAUGCUCCAAGUCCUCAGCAUUGCAAUUCCUAUCCUAUCCGCACCAGCCCUCCAUGUAGCGGGCUUUGGGGCUUCAUGUUCCCGUAUAUGGCAACGGGGUUCCUACUGGAGCACACGACAAUCCCAGAGCAAGGUUUACCCACUUUUCGUGCCUAGGCAAAAUAAUUGCUCUGUUGGCGAGGAAAAUUCAUGGACAGAAAGUGGUUCGGGUAACUUUGGUGUUGACUCUGUGGACUCUGACAAGAAAUCAUUUCUUGACUCCAAGAGAAGCAAUAGCUUUAACUUCUCAGCCGCAUCUUCUCACUCCAUGGAGAGGCAUCAAGACCUGCAAAUAGGAAUAGCGCUACUGAAGAAAAGUGUUUCUGCCGUAACUGCGUACUACUAUAACUCAUUGGGCUUGGAUGUGCCAUCCAACCUUUCUACUUUUGAUGCAUUUGCAAAGAUGCUUCAUAUGUUAUCAUCCUCAAAGGCCCUUCGAGCUGCUCUUGAAUCAAAUAUAGCGUCAAGAUCAGAAAAGCAAGCACACCAGCUGAACAGAUCAAUAUGGAAGGCGAGUUCGGCCAUCUCAUCUAACAGCAGUAUGAUGGACAGCACACACACUGCUAUCAUGCCGAGCUCUCUAGACAACCUCCUCCUGAACUCCAACGCGAGCUUCCUGUACACCGGUAAACCACCAAAGCAUGGUGGAGCAGUAAACAACAUCUCAGAUGGCUGGGAUAUGGUAGAGCGUGGCUGGGACAUGGUAGAGCGUGAGAUCCUACCGCCGCCACCAUCCCAGGCCGAGGACAUUGCGCAGUGGGAAAGAGCGCACACCUUCCCUCACAGUGGUGCCAAGAAGAAGUAACUUUCAGCUUAUGUACUGAACUACUGAUAGAAACUAAGCUACCAGAACACUGCUGCUACUGCAAGAGUUUCAGCUAGGUGGAUACAUCCUGCAUGGAUGUCUGAUGAUAUGGUUUUAGCUUAUGUACAGAGACGGAAGUUAAGCCAGAACCUGUGAGUUAUGCCGAGAGGGGCAUCGUAGGGUAGGACGGAUGAGCUCUCAUCUGUACAGCGACUGUAAUUUGUAAAUAUAUAUCUGUAUAGUAUUUACAGCAAUGAAUAAAUCUUGCUGAAAUGUUGCUGUUC